GUUGGGGAGGGUGUUGAACAUGGCACUGUCUCGCGCACUGUCCGAGCCUCCAGAUUCUAAACACUACUUAUUACACACACAUGCGCGCGUAAGCGAGUCACCCAUUAUUGCGCGAGAGAGUAAAUCCGUGUGGAUUAGUUGACAUCGAGCCAAAUUAACUUUUUGUUUUUUAACGUGCACAAUAAACCUAGCAGUGAAACUGAGAGGGACAUUUCAGUCAUGGAGACAUUGUCCAGGAUAGGAGCAGAGGACCACGGUUCAGUUGGAGACCCACCUCUUCCAGUGGACUUUGCAGCGGUGGACACGGUGGGUCCGUGGGGAAGCUCCGGUGUGCGCAAACACCAGCACAAACACAACCUGAAACACCGGUACGAGCUGCAUGAGACGCUGGGCAGAGGCACAUACGGCAAAGUGAAGAAGGCUGUGGAGAGACACACCGGGCGUGUGGUUGCAAUCAAGUCUAUCCGUAAAGAGAAGAUCAAAGACGAACAGGACAUGGUUCACAUCCGCAGAGAGAUCGAGAUCAUGUCUUCCCUACGCCAUCCGCACAUUAUAUCUAUAUAUGAAGUGUUCGAGAAUAAGGACAAGAUUGUCAUCGUGAUGGAGUACGCCAGCAAAGGGGAGCUGUAUGACUACAUCAGCGAGCGGCGUAAGCUCAGCGAGAGAGAGACGAGACACUUCUUCAGGCAGAUUGUCUCGGCUGUACAUCACUGUCACAAGAAAGGAGUGGUGCACAGGGAUCUUAAACUGGAAAAUGUGCUGCUAGAUGACAAUUACAAUAUAAAGAUUGCAGAUUUUGGCUUGUCCAACCUUUACCACAAAGACAAGCUCUUGCAGACCUUCUGUGGCAGUCCUCUCUAUGCGUCACCAGAAAUUGUAAAUGGAAGGCCAUAUCGAGGCCCAGAGGUCGACAGCUGGGCUCUUGGUGUGUUGUUAUACACUCUGGUGUAUGGCACAAUGCCUUUUGAUGGAGGCGAUCAUAAAAGACUCAUACGCCAAAUCAGCAAAGGGGAGUACCGGGAACCACCUCAGUCAUCAGAUGCUCGUGGCCUGAUUCGGUGGAUGCUGAUGGUAAACCCAGAUCGCCGGGCCACUGUAGAGGACAUCGCCAACCACUGGUGGGUGAACUGGGGUUGGAAGACCAGUGUGUGUGACUGCCAGACCCAGCGAGAAAACAGCUCACCCAUGCUCGCUCGAUUUAUCGACUGGCAGAAUCGCACUGAGACCCAGCAAAGUAAACUGGUUUGCCCCGAUACAGCCAUCAACGCCAGUGGGACCAUUUCAACCCGUCGACUCAGGAGGUCCUCAAAGGAAAACGAGGGUGGCAUUAGGGCUGUUCUAGAGGAGAAGCCAGCCGUAAAGAGGCCCAAAAGUAUCCUAAAAACACGGGCAAGCACCGGAGAUCAGAGAUCCCAAAGCUUGUGUGAGGCAGAGUUGCGGCGUUCCAUCUGCUACAGGGAUAUUGAGCCCACCUCGAGUCCUGAGAGAGAAGAAGCAGCACAUGGCUCACCAGCCAAAAUGAUGCCUUCACUUCCCAUGAAAGGCAUCCUGAAAAACAACCAUCAGCGUGAGUCUGGCUAUUAUUCCUCUCCAGAGCGCAGCGAGUCCUCCGAGCUGCUAGGAAACACCGUGGCUCCGCCUCCCAAUGGCUCACCGCCUAAAAGGGUGCCCGGACGGAAAGGCAUAUUGAAGAGGAACGGGAAAUACUCGUCUCAUGCUGCAGGUGCUUUGGGCUCAAACCUACCACAGAGUCAGAUUCAUCCCUCAGCCACCACCAGGGAGGAGAUGGGCAUCCCGAAUAUGGCAGUAGAUUGGCCACCUGCUUCUCCAAAACCUAACAUCAGGGGCAGCCUCUCAGCUGAGGAUCUACUGCAGAUGGCAGGAUUCAGGGGACUGCAAACAGCUGCGCCCCUCCACAGCUCCAAGAACACCCGCAGCCCCCCAGGAUCUCCUGGGGACAAUGGCAGCUUUUCCCUACUGGGGGAUAUGGAUGAUGUGACUCAGGUGUAUCAGCAGGCCCUGAACAUCAGCAACCAGCUCAGUUAGAAAGAGAAUGAGAAGGAGAGCGUGAAAAGGCAACACGACUGGAUCAGUCAGGAAUAAUCGAUCAUGCAGUCGCUCAUUGACCUUGAACUGCGUUAUGUUUACAUGCUACAAGAAAGGAAAGCCAUAACAUGCCAUCAUGUUGUUGGUUCUCACUUUUCAAAUCAGUGACCCAGGAAGACUGAGGCAAGCACCUUAUUGACACGUUUUCUUCCACAUUACAGUACAAACCUGGGUUAGGGACUGCUUACUACUGACUUACAGCACAGUAUAAACAAUACAAUGUUAAGAAUACUAAACUUAUUUAUUUAUAAAUAUUUUGGGCAUAUGAAUCUGCAUGGCCACAAAAAAAAUAAGUCAUUAUUGUUUAUAAAUUGAACUGCGAGUCAGUCAAUGCUCUGUCAGGUGGACAUCACAGAAGGCACAUAUUGGGGUCAGAGGUCAUAUCAGUACCCGAUGAGAAUAUCACAGUGACGCUCUGAUACACACUGCUGUUUGCAGUCUGAGCCAAUUAAACAUGUGGCGUGACACAGUGGUGGUACUGGGUGUAACCUGCAGAGUAAAUCCAGCACAGGAACACCCUGCACUUCAACAACAGCCACUAUUGAGAAGAGAGGAAUAGGCUAGACUAUUCCUGCUUAAUAUCAGCGUGUCAGAAUACCCUUCAUUCCAAACGGGACAGGCCAUGAAAACAAACAUUGACAAAAUAUACAAUAAAUUCCUUGUGAACAAAAAAUGAUGAUAAUAAUAAUAAUAAUAAAAAAGGUCAGGAUCAAGACUGUACAGUUAGACCCAACUAAACAAUAGAUGCUUUUUUUCGAGUAUUGUGAAAGUGCAGCAUUUUUCUGUUUUAUCAGACAAUACUACCUUUAACUGGAUCUACAGUGCUAAAUGUUAUACUAUGUUAGUAUUAUUUUGUUUUCUUUUUCUUACAUUGAUACAUUUUUGAUUUGAGGUUUGAUUGUGCAUAUGGGUGAGCGUGUGUUGGCUUCAUUUCGAGGCGGUGGAAUUUUAACGACUAGCCACACUUUAAGACAAAUGUUCUUUAUAUGUAACAGGCUGCAGAAAGGAGUGUGUGAUCUAGUUAUAUAGUAUGAACAAAUAAGCCGGGGGGGGGCGGGGGGGAAAUAACAGUGAUGCUAUGCCUCUAUAACUGCCAAACUGGAAAAUAUAUAUAUAUAAUAAAGGUUAGUAAAAGGUUGCUAUUUAUCACUUAGGGUCAUUUUCGUUUUGCGGUAAUUAACUGGAUAUUAUGUAUUUAUAUGUAUUUAAAUGUACUGUUAUUUAAUCUUUCAUGUAUUAUAUUACUGUACAUUAUUCCCAUUGAUCAUUGUUUUGGCCAAAUGUGUUUGUUAACGUCGACCUUAGAAAUGUCUUGUUGUGUGCCUUCAUCGACCAGAAGAUUGUCGUUAUAAUAAUUAUCCACAUUUUCAAUAUGGUUCAAUAUACAGUGUUAAAAAAUAAGUCGUUUGUUUAGGUAACUGUGAUAUACACUGUCUGGAAAUAAAUGGUGUAUUAAGGGUUA